AUCGUCACCGAAGGCAUGUUGUGAUCGCUGUUGCCUGAAUCAUAUUUUCUGCGCUUUCAGUUAUACGCGCGUUGAUCUUCUUCCAUGAGGUUCCCACCUGUGCGAAACCUAGACUGCGGUAGAAUCUCCUGUGGAUGAUGGUGGUGGUCAGAGGCUAGGAGUCUCUCAGGAGGACGCGAUCAGCGGUGGUUGGUUUCGAAGAUCGUCAUCUGGAUUCUGCCCUGAGCCAGCGUUGAACGUUCAAAUGGCUGCAUUCUCAUUUUCACCUUACCAUCGUCCUCUUUGGUUCUUCUCUUCUCUCUCUUCCCUUUUGCUCGCCAACAGCAGACUACCCGAGGACAAAUUCAUCCAGCAAUACUCUGCGUAGUCGUGUCGCCCUCGGGGAACACCCGGACUUCACAGGAUACACAAAAGACCCGCCUAGAGUGUUCAUCCCGAAGUCGCAUUCGUUCGAAACAACGUCGUGGUAUGCGCUGUUGAUACCUUACGCUGCGAAUAUAGAGCAGAGACCGAACCGGAUGGCUUCAAAGGCGCGUCCGUUGAGAUUCGUCUACUACUGUUCAGGGCACGGGUAUGGACAUGCAACUCGCGUCUCGGCUUUUGCAUCCCACCUAUUGAAGUUAGAACCGCAGCCGGUGGUGCAUAUAGUCUCGUCUGCACCGAGGCACGUAUUUGCCGACAGUAUUGCCCUUGGAGCGUAUUAUCGCAAUGCAAACAUCGAUCCCGUGAUUGUGCAGCCGUUGGCCUAUCGUGUAGAUAGGCAACAGAGUGUAGAGGUCCUCCGAGCCUUCCUGGAGGACAAAGAUGAGAAGAUAUUGGAUGAAGAGCAAUGGUUACGCGCCAUCAACGCAGACUGCGUUCUGAGUGAUGCUGCAUUCCUGGGAUGUGCUGCUGCUAAUGCGGCUGGUAUACCCUCUGUUCUCAUAACUAAUUUUUCAUUUGACUCAGUGUACAGCUAUCUCUCGACGUCAUUCGUAGACCAGGAUGAUUCCACCCAGCAAGCGAGCGUCGAUCUCCUGCAGACUGCUUCUGUGAAGCAACAAAUACUUAAUCCUGAUACACCCAUUACUCUAAGGGAGAUCGAACCUCUUGUAGAACAGAUCCUAGAAGGCUACCGCUGCGCCGAUCUGCUUCUCCGCCUUCCUGGCGCGAUUCCUAUACCCUCGUUCCCUGUCAAGCCAGCGCUUCCUUCACCUCAAUGGGUAGACCUGCGCGUUCGGAAGUUUCAUCCAAAGGUUAUCGAGCACUUGACGAAGCAUCCUUCAACGUAUCAACUUUUGCCUCCAGUACCCUUCCCUUCUCAAUCCAUGACUAAAACUCUUCCGCGAAAUGUCAUCGCAGCUCCUCUCAUCGUCCGUUCUCCUGAUCCCGCGGUAUACACUUCCAAGGGUCGGAGCAGACUUCUUGACUCGAUCGGCGUCCCUUCACAUCUCCACGACCCAUCUCAGACCAAAGUCCUCCUCGUAUCCUUUGGAGGACAAAUUUUCCACAAGCCUCACAGUCGUUCACACAGUCGCACACCUUCCGCCGCAGGCACUCCCCAUUCCAAUAGUGUGGCGAACAAAGAGAAUGUCAAGCAUUCUCUGCCGCCGAUCGAUACAAGCAACAGUCUACCUUCACGUCCAGACGGGUCACAUGUAGACGCUCUAUGCAACGCUUUACGUUCUACUGUUUUGGCGUCACAACCGCCGCCAACGUCACCUCGGAUGAGGCAGAACAACUUCACGCCUUCCCGUAAUUCUUCCUUACGACGUGGCCAGUUGCGAAUCCCCGGUGCUCCAACUGCUGCGAUUCCAGCAUCUCCGACUAUCUCCUAUACUUCUUUGCCCAGUGUUCCAACAUUUACGGCUACGCCUCCGACACCUCGACCACGAGCGGACAAUCCGUUCAGUGACCUGUCGAUAGCGGACACGGAGGAGGAUAUUCCUCAGUUGUUCCCUGACGAUUCAUGGAUUGCAAUCGUUUGCGGAGUACCAAAAGAUUGGGGAAAGGAAGACGGGGAAGAAUUGCCCGGCAAUUUCUUUGUCGCUCCGAAAGACGUAUACAUGCCUGACCUGACUGCAGUUGCAGACGUAUUACUGGGAAAGUUGGUAUGUCAUGAUUUGCCUUGGUCAUCUAAAGGACCAUGUUUAUCGUUGCACUCUCUAGGGCUACGGAACCGUAUCCGAGUGUGUCGACUCAUGCACUCCUUUCGUCUUUGUUCCUCGUCCACUCUUUAUCGAAGAGUUCGGCUUACGCAUGCUCCUCGAACAGGAGGGAGUUGGAGUCGAGCUCUCUCGCACAUCGUAUGAAUCUGGAGAAUGGGCAAGGGCUGUCGAAGAGGCGUGGAUGAAAGGCAAGGAUGUUAAGGUUAGCAAGCGGGAGGUAGGAGAGACAGGUAAGCGCAAGGCUGAAGGCCUGGAAAUGGCCAACACCCUCGUGGAGUGGGUGCAGGAGUGGCACGGGGCUGUUCAAGUGAAUUGACACUGUACUGUUUGAUGGUUUUGCAUAUUACAUGACGCACGGACUGAGACUGCACGCAGCAUAUUAUAGACAUGAUGGACUCCAUUUCAUUUGUGUAGUACGAUAGAGGCGUUGUAUUCGAGAUACUCGCAUGUAAUACCAGAUAGAAAUGUGUAUCGGACGCGCAUACGGCGUAUUGCCAUGAC